AUGGCGUCCUCCCCAACAGAUUCCAUCCAGCAUUCGCCCGAGAAGGGUAGCCCUCGUCGGGGGUCGGGAGAGGACUUGAAGUCCGAGGUUAUCGAGGAUGGUGGUGAAGUCUUCCAGCAGGCGGAAUACCGUGCUCUUGGAUGGAUUCGAACCGCCAUCAUUCUCUCAAAGCUUUGCUUCGCCACUGGUGUCCUGGCAAUUCCCUCUGCAUUCAGCAUUGUCGGUUACGGACCUGGCAUCAUCCUCCUCGUCUGCUGGGGCGCCUUGACAACCUACUACGCCUACAUCAUGUACGCCUUCCGAAUGCGCUAUUCUGGCGUCCAUAAUAUUGCAGAUGCUGCGGGACUCAUGGGCGGUCCCAUUGCUCGCGAAGUUGCCGGAGGGCUUUUCCUUCUCACUUGGAUCCUGGCAACUGGUUCGGGCUUUAUAGGACUGGCGCAGGGGUUCCAGGUUCUCUCGAGCAAACACGUCUGUACCGUGGUCUGGACCUUGGUUGCCGCUAUUUGUACCGCACUGGUCGCCAGCAUCCAGACUCUAGGCAGGUUGGCCAUCCUGACAUGGAUUGGAUUCGCCUCCAUCUUCACAGCCGUCUUCAUCGUUGUUGUCGGCGUUACGCAGGUUGAUCGGCCUGCUGCCGCUCCUCAGGAAGGCCCAUUUGAUAUGGAGGUUUUGGCCGUUGGGACACCUACUUUUAUUCCUGGAUUUGUUGCCGCCAUCAACCUCUUCGCGGGCUAUGGCUCCACGCCGACCUUCAUGCCUGUCAUUGCCGAGAUGAAGACUCCCAAAUCCUUCACCAAGGCCCUUUUCUCCUCCCAAGGUUUCCUGGUUGCCUGCUACAUCUCCUUCGCACUAGUUGUCUAUGUGUACUGUGGUCAGUAUGUCGCCAGCCCAUCGUUGGGAAGUGCUGGAGGAACAUUGGAGAAGAUUGCCUAUGGCGUCUCGAUUCCGGGCUUCAUCAUGACAUCCACUCUUUGGGUCCAUCUUGCGGCCAAAUUUCUGCUCGUCCGCAUCCUUCGAAAUUCUGAGCACCUCCAAAACCACAGUUUGAUUCACUGGACAGUCUGGCUGGGCUCUACUAUUGGCAUCAGCGCAGUUGCAUUCAUUAUUGCUGGAGCUGUGCCUUUCUUCAGCUAUCUCAUUGGCCUCAUCGGCUCGCUCUGCUGCGCUCCGACUUGCUUGAUCAUUCCCGCCUUUAUGGGUUUGUACAUGGACUGGGAGUCACGUGGAACCAACAAGGUCAAGCACGUGCUGUGCUACUUCCACAUUUUCACUGUUGUUCUGGGGGCAUUCAUGACCGUUACUGGAACCUACACGACCAUCCAGAGCAUCAUCGAUGCGUACAGGCUUGGUACCGUGGGAAGUCCGUUCACUUGCUCUUAA